UGUAGUGCAUUCUGGGGAAUGUGGUUUGGGGAGGUUCAGAGGCGCUCUGAGGUCGGAGAAACCACCGUCCAGGAAGGAAGCAUCAUUUUAAUUCUGAUCGCCGAGGUGCCGACAGGAGUGGAUCCUCAAAGGGUGCACUCUGGAAGGGUCCAGCUACUGGCAGGGCUGCUUCUCCUGAAAGCGCUGCAAGCACGUGAAGGUAGUUGGCAGUCCUCUAGCAAUGGAUAAAUUCGUCAUUCGAACGCCUAGAAUCCAAAAUAGUCCUCAGAAGAAAGCUCCUGGUGGAAAGAUUUACAAGCAGGCCACGAUUGAAUCUCUGAAGAGAGUUGUGGUUAUAGAAGACAUAAAAAGAUGGAAAACUACGUUGGAGCUUCCUGAUCAGACCAGAGAGAAUCUAGUGGAAGCUUUACGAGAAUUAAAGAAGAAAAUACCCUCCAGGGAAGUGUUAAAAUCAACAAGGAUAGGUCACACCGUGAAUAAGAUGCGUCAGCACUCAGAUCCAGAAGUGGCUUGUCUUGCCGGAGAAGUUUACACUGAGUGGAGAACUUUCAUGGAAAAACAUUUAGACAGACCUUCUAUUGAAGUGCGUAGCGACCCCAAAACGGAGACAUUCAGGAAAAAUGCCCAGAAGUUACUCUCAGAAGCCUUGGAAUUAGAGAUGGAUCACCUACUGGUUGAAAAUAUCGAGCAGGAAGCGUUUCAUCUCUGCUCCCGCCUCAUUAACGGGCCAUACCGGCGGACCGUGAGAGCCCUGGUCUUCACAUUAAAGCACCGAGCUGAAAUCCGGGCUCAGGUGAAGAAUGGCUCGCUGCCAGUCGGCACGUUUGUACAGAACCACAAAAAAUGACCCGAGGGUGGUUCCAGCGCUGGGCUGGGCAGAAAGCAAAAUGGGCCCCUCUUGCUGCCAUUCAGAGACGUUUUGCCACAACGGCUGCUGCGGGUGGCGCUGAAUUUUCCCCUGGUGCCAUUCCUCCAGGCAGGCUGCUGAGACCCUCACGGGCCAGGCAGCAGGAGGGGUUUCAUUAGCUCUAGUGUGCUUGUGCUGCCUCGAGGGACGUAGCCGGCUGUCACUGGGGAGCUCAGUAGGGUCGCCGUCACCCAGCCCCGUGAGAAGGGGAUGGAUUUCACUGCGAGUGUGCCAAGGACACCUCUAAACUCCCCCAUGUCAGGCAGACGAAAUGACUACUUGAUUUCGCCACCCUGCGGGUAACUGAAACUCAAUUACCACGGCGGCUCGCUCAGUCCCGUCCCCCUGAGUUUAGACAGCUCCCGUGCCUCUCAGAACUCCCCUGUCUGUUCUCUUUGCUCUACCCCAGGGGUGAGCCUGCUGGAGCCAGCCAACUACCCCUUCUCUCCAGAACUCACUUAUCUGAACAUUGCAGCUCUCCCUGGAAGACCUUCUGCAUUGGUCUCCGGAGCCCCCAUGCUGAGGCUUCUAAUGAGGAGCUGGCCUGAAGCCUCCCCACACCUUGGGGUUUAUUUGAAUACACUGCCUCUUGGUUUAGGGCUCCGUAGAAGAUACAUAAUGAAAUUUCUCUUGAAACGGAUACCAUAGUAGGAAAAAAAAAUACAUCUAUAUCCUAAAAUGAAAUGCUGCUGUAUAGGGCUGCUUGAACAGUUAUGUAAAUGGCAUUUGCUCUUUUAAAGUAAUAAUAAACUGGGGCUUUUUUUUUUUUUUUUUUUGCCUAAAACAAAAGUUGUAUUCUGUUCAUUGAAAAGUGUUUGGGGGAUGAGAAAGGGGACAGCUGGUGAAAAUAAAGAAUGAUGGAACAAGAGUUUGAGGAUGAUAGAAAGACCCAAGGAAGGCUUUUUAGGUUAGGGGAGACUAGUGCAUGUUUAUAAUCUGAAAAGAAGGGGCCAGCAGAAUGGGGGAGAUUAAAAUUAAAAAAAAAAAUAGAGGAGCUAAGUUAAAAAGCAAGGACAAAAGGAAGGGGCCUAAUGUCAUCUGCCUUCUAAGUGCUAGAUACCUUUCCUAAGAUAAUUUAUUAGCAUUGACGUUGAUCUUUAUGUCGUGGUUUAAUAAUCCUGUUUAACCCUCUCAUCUGUUGUAUUUCCUUUUUUUAGACUUCUUCAUUUGUUUAGCACCUACUCACUGACCACCCAUUCCUUGGGGCCCCGGGGAUCCCUAGCAGUAGCUACAAGUGGGACCUCGAGGCUCACCAAGCAGAGUAUCUUGUUCGGUUCCCCACUGCUCAUAACUCUUAGAGCUGGAAUAAUAACUGAGCACUUAACCAUGUGCUCAGCACUGUGGGAGACACUUAGAAAAUUAAUAAUACUAGUACCUAAUUAAAGAUGAGGAAAGUGAGGCUCAGAAGGUUUAGUAACCUACUCAGGGUGACACAGAUGGUGAGUGGCAGAUUUACAAUUCAAAACUCAAGUCAAUUUUGACGUGUACAGUCUUCCUGGUCGAUUUCCCCCAUUCAUGUUCUUAGGCACUGUGUGCAUGCCGGGGACGCUCCAGUUUGUAUCUUCAGCCCAUACCUGUCUCCUGAGUUUCAGACACUAUCUCCCAGAUGUCUCGUGGGCAUCUCAAAUGUGACCUGUCUUCUUUGUGACCUGUCUUCUUUCACUUGGCAAUACUGGCACUUCAGCUAGACACUGGGGGUCAGCCUAGGCUCUUCAUUGCUGCCCCCAACCCAGUCAGGUCUUUAUGGUUUCACUUCUCACCUAGAUCUAGACUCUCUUGUCUCUUCUCUAUCUCUAGUACGACUUCAGGGCUUUAUCCUCUCUUGUCCAGAUGACCACAUGGCCUCCUAACUGGUCCUUCUGCCUCCAGUCUUAAUGUCUUCCAACUGACUUCUCUGUGCUAGAGACAAAGUGACAUAUUGAAACGGGAAAGCCCAUCGUGUCACCCCCCCCACUCCGAGCAUUUUCUCAUCUUGUUCUCUUUCUCUGGAAUGCUACUGUCUACCUAAUCCUCUCCCCUGUCCCUACUGUAAUACCCUGUAUGCUGUUCUAUACAUACCCAAAUGUUCUAUGGUUAUGCUCUUGAUCCUGUCUGCACUCCAUUGUAACUUCCUUCAGAAAUCCUCCCAGAUUUCGGAAUUCCUGUUUCUCGUCUGGGUAUCUUCAGUCCUUAGAUGAGUUCUUGUCCCAUAGUAGUACCCAGUGCAUAACUGUGGAAUUAAUGGAUGUGCAGGUGUCUGUGCCCUUUCUGCCUCCACCCUCGUUCCCUUUAUUGUCUAGAAUCUACACAGUAGCUAAAAUGAACCUUUGAAAAUGUAAAACAGAUCCUAGCUUUUCAAAACCUUCUAGUGCCUUCUCUCAGAGCAAAAUCCCAAGCCCUUACCAUGUCCUGCAAGGCUCAACUUAAUCUGGCUCCUGGCUGCCUCUUUGACCUCAUUUCCUAAAAUUCUCUCCCUUUCUCACCCCUGUGUGGUCCCACUGGCUCCCUUACUGUUCCAGAUACACACACCAGACACUUUCCUGCUUUGUGGACUUUGCACUUACCUCUUCCCGGAUCACAGUGCUCUUUCCGUGGAUAUCUGCAUGUUCCUGUCUCCGUUCAAUUCAGGUCUCUGUAUGCCUAAAUACCCUAACCUGUUUUAUUUUCUUCAGACUAUUUAUUCCCCCAUUUGAAACAGUUAUUUCUUCAUUGCCCAUCACCUACACCUCUUUUAAGAAUUUAAGCUUGAGAGCAGAGUCUUUGUUUUGUUCCUGCUGUACGUCCAACACCUAGAACAGAGCCCUGGCACAAACUAGGUCUUCAUAACCAUUUACUGAAUAGUUGAAUGACUAGUUGUAGGCAUACAGAGAAGGCAUUUGAUCCAGUCAGGGAAUGCUUCCUGGAGGAGGUGUUACCUGUGUGGAGUCUGAAAGGACAGAAAUAGGUAAUUGGGUGGUUGAGGUAUAUGGAAAACCUCAGAACUGUGGUACGUGGGAGGUGAUUGGGAUGGCUAGAGUGGAAGGUAGUUUCCUGCAGGAAAGUACCUGGAGAUGAGGCUGGAGAGAAAGGCAAGGACCAGGACACAUUUGAAGGGUCUUGAGCACAAAGUGAAGGAGUCUGGACUGAUUGCAAGCAGGAAUUGGUUAGUUUCUUAUUAUUGGGCUGUGUGGAAGAGAAGCUGGAGCAGGAAGAGGGACAGGAAGGAGGAAGCUUCAUUUAUAAACAUCCAAAGAGUUCUGCUAACUUAGGAACCCGGAGUAAGUUGAGAACAAAUUGCUGUCCCGCUGAAAGGCUUCAGUGGUGAUAGUUAGAAAGUGGAAUGAUUGCAGAGAUGUGCUUUGGAGAUUUGGAAAGCAGGCUGUGUUAUUUGUGGCUGUUUUCUCCUUGAUGCAUGUGCAGAAUUUCCAUGAACGUUAAUGGAGCUAUUCUGAGUGCUUGGCAAAGGGAAGGAGGCUCGCAGACACUCACGUAAGCUUGCCUGGCCACUAAGAAGCGCCUCUUAGCUCCAACCUGUCCACAGUGAAAGGGUCAGAUCCUAAUCCUGAACUGGGGUCAGAGAGGUUCCUGAGACCUCUGAGUUACCUGUAAGUCUAGGCAUCCAUAUGUCUUCCUGGUAUGUUCAGUUGCUAGAGGAAAUUGGGAAAUUAAGUGCCAUUAAAGUCCACUCCAGUAGCUUUUUGGUCCUUUCCUUGUGGUUAAAUUGGAGGUUCUGGGCCUCAGGGUAGGGACUGGGUCUUUUCAUUCAUUCAGUCAGCAAACAUGUGUCGCCUGUCGGCUGCGUUUCUGGGACUGGACUGGCCCUGGGGAAACUAAUAUAUGGUAUAUAAUUUCUACCUUUGGGGAGCUCUUAGUCUGGUGGGGAGACAGACACAUAGGUAAAUAAUUAUAAGAUAGGAGAUAUUUACUGUAGAUUUUUAUUUAAAAUGUUGAGAGAGUGGGAAAAGGAACAAUUAACACCGCUCUAAGGGAAGGAAAGUCUUCACAGAGAGUUAAUGUUUGAACUAACUCUCAAAAGGCAGGGGUUCUUCGCAGGGGGAGCAGAGUGUGUGCAAAAGCGCAGGUAGAAAGGGCGUGGCUUGUUUCAGUAGAGGCGAGUAAUGUGUGGUGGGAGCGUAAAGUUCUUAGGAAUGGUGGAGAGAAAUGGGACAAAAAAAAAAAAAAAAUGUAGCCAGGACCUCAGAGGUCUUGUGCAGGAGUUGGAUGUUGGCCUUCAGAUAACAGGAGGCAUGAGAAGUUUUUGAGGAGGUGAGGAACCUAGUAAGGUGUGUAUUUUACAAAGAGAAAAAUGUUCCUAUGUAAGCCUAUUUAAGAAAAAUUUUUAAAAAUUUAAGGCCAAAAACUUAAAGGCAAAGGAAAGACACACUUGAGAUUCAGUCGAUGAGAGAUUCUUUUUUUUUUUUUUUUUUUAACAAAUGAAGUUUAGAGUUGACCAAACAGAUAUCAUUAGAGAGUCCCAGGUUUGAAAAAUGGCAGGAAGCUCAGAUAAUGCGUUUACUUUGUUCAGUAGUGAAGGAACAGGCAGCUGGCCUUUGUUCAUUUAUAGAAUAUCAGGUUCUUAAACUUGUGCUUGUCAACCCUGGUUUUCUUUUGCUGCAGCCUCAGGCCCCAGAGCCUCAUUUUGAGAUUUGUAAUGUGUUUUGGGUGCGUUUAUCACAGCCAGAUGGGGAGGGGGCUCAGCUUGUUACUGCCCAUUAUUGCUAUCAAAGGGAGUCCAUCCAGAAAACAAGGCUUCGGGAGCUCUGAUUAGGUCGGUGACACUGCCUUGGUUUCAAAAGAGAGAUGGUUUGAUUGGAUGACAUUGUGUUUUCUUUUAAAUCAACCAAAAUGAUAAAAUUGCUGUCAGGGACAGCCUUACCCAUAAGCUAAGGAGCUUAGUUUCAAGAUCAAGGAACCCAGGAUGUCCAAUCGAAUGCUGCUUGUUCAUCCUGUUCAAAUUGUUCAUUCAGUGCAUAUUUGUUGAGCUCUUACCAGCCAGGUCCAAGGGUCACGGGGAUAAAUGAGACAUCGUCUCUGGCCCCAAGAAGCUCACAGUCUAAUGAGAGAAACAGACAAAUGAUUAUGAAUUAUGGGAAUGCAAAGAAAAGGAAAUAAGCUGAUAAACAUAUUAGAAGAUGCUCAACCUUACUAAUAAGCGGGGAAGGGCAAGGAUUAAUGCCAUCCUUGAAGACCUAAAGGAUGCGGGGACGGUGAUCUCAUUAUCUCUGUCCCACUCACCCGUCUGGUCCCUGCACAAAUGAGGGGGAUCCUGGAAGAUAACCGUGAACUACAGUGAAAUCAAUCAUCGGUAGUUCUGUUUGCAGCCUCUGUGCUGCACGUGGCAUCUUUCCUAGAGCACGUUAACCCAUCCUCAGGUACUCGCUGUGUGGCUUUCAGCCUGGGGACCAUUUUUCAUGUCCUUCCCUAAUAGAAAGAGUUCCUAUUCGGUUGCAACAGCCUUGCCCCAGGGCUGCUAACCUUCCUGUCCUCUCUCAACCCAGUCUGAGAAGACCUAUCCUGCCUAGACAUCUUGCAGAACAUCAAACUGGGCCAGAUGGGCGAUGAACAACACGUAUACUGGAAGCCUUCAUGAGACACAGCCAUUGCAGAGAGCAGAAGAAAACACUAUGAAGAGUCAGAGGCCUCACGGCUAAGGGUUCUGGUAGAGACAGACAUCUGACCGCAGCUCAUCACGUCGACCAUACAGCGAAAGGUGUUCAUCAUAAGCUGGAUUCGAUCAGAUCCACCAUAUCCGAAGGUCACACAAGGCCAACAGCAAUUCAUCAUGAUAGACAUGGUACGAUCAGGAUGGGGCACAGCAGGGCCAAAGGGCAAAAGACAGCUGCAUGAGCAGGUGGCCCAUCCAUUUAGGUCAGCCUCCAUCUUUGCACCAGCGCCUUGCCCGGAGGUCCCCUAUGGCUGCCUGAGGAGCUGCUUUCCUCUGGCUGGAGGAGGAGGAGAAAAAAAAAAAAAGCCAAGCUUUGUUGAUGGGUGGGUCAGCUCAGUACGUGUGAACAAGCCAAAAAUAGACUGUUGUUAAACUGCAGGGCCCGCUGCCGUGUCCUUGAAAGACGGUGGAGGAGGAAAUCCUUCCAGUGGACAAGCUCUGAGUCUGGAGGAGGAAAUCCUUCCAGUGGACAAGCUCUGAGUCGUACACUCAGUCAUCCACCUUUUGUGAAGGAAAGGGAGCCCACGGUUAGACUAGACAUGGAUCUGAUGGGCAGUGGAGAAUGGCUUGGCAGGUUGGUUAGGGGUCUGGAAGGAUAAGAUCAGAAAAUCAGGGACAAAGAGAUCUGGGGUACAGGCACGUGGAUGGACUAUGAGAGCGGACACCAAAUGUGAAGUUCACUGUAGUCCAUGUUCACACCCACCAGGGAAGAAGCACUAAACAAGUACAAGUGGCCAUGCUGUGUGAACCAUAUGAUCCGGCAGAACCCAUGGCUUUGGACCGUGCAGCCACAGCUGCUCACCGUAAGCUGGAGCCCAUCAAAUCCACGACAUCAUAAGGCCGCACAAUACCUAACAAACUUCCUGUCUGCUAAUCUCCAUCUCAUGGUCUCCUCUCCGGGGAAUCGGACCUGCAGCAUAGCCUCCAAAUUGCCGGUUAACAACUCUUAGAUCAAGUGUGAGCAAACUUUUCUAUAAAGGGAGAGUUGGUAAAUAUUUUAGGCUUGGCAGGCCAUAUGGCCUCUCACAACUACUCAGCUCCCGUGCUGGAGUGCAAAAGCAGCCAUAGACAAUAUGGAAAUGAACGAGUGGGGCUCGUGUUCCAGUAAAACUUGAUGGAAGCAGGUGGCAGGUGGCAUUUGGUCCAUGGCUUUGGUUGGCCAGCCCUACUCUAGAGGAAGAUUCUUACGAGCACACAAAGUAGGCAUUGCAAAGAUUUAAUUGCAGCGUGGUCAGUAAUAAAAUUUUAGGAGUUUUCUCAAUUUCCAUUAGAAGAGGAAUGGUUGAAUCAAGUGUGGUACUUACAGAUUGGGGGACCCUAUGCAGCUGAGAAAAAGAAUGAGUUUAUCUAUAUAGCAGGACUGUCCAAUAGAAAUAUAACAUGAGCCAGCCACAUAUGUGGUUUUAAAUUUCCCAGGAGCCACGUGAAAAACUGUCAAGGGAAACAUGGAAUUAGUGAUAUAUUUGAGCUUUAUACACUGAAGAUAGGAUCACUUUAACAUGUAAUCAGCAUAACAAUUGAGAUGUUUUACUCACUUUUUUUGUACUAAGUUUUCACCAUCUGAUGUGUAUUUCACACUGCAAGGCACAUCUCAGUUUGGACUAACUGCAUUUCCGAACGUUCAAUAGUCACUUGCGGCUAGUGGCUACUAUAUUGGACAGCGUAGAUCUGUACCGAAAAUCUACUGACACAGACACACCACUGAUACAUAUUGUCCACGGAGAAAGGGAAGUUACUGAACAACAGGGACUGGCUGAACCACUUAUAUAAGGGGGAGAAACCUGCAGGAACAUAUGGAAGAAGAAAAAGUGUAUGUGUGUGUACCCAGUUCAGAAGGAGGCUUUGGGUAAAGUGGUGGAGGAGGGACUCUCUCUCCUUACCUGAGUUUUUAAAAUAGAGUUUUUAUUUGGAGAUAAUUUUAGACUUAACAGAAGAGUGACAGAGAUCACACAGGGAGCUCCUAUAUGACCCUCACCUGAUUUCCCCUGUUGUUACAUGGUGCAGUAGUGGGGUACGUUUGUCAAAACAAGAACUCCGCUAUUGCUAUGUUACUAUGAACUACACUCCGGACCUCAUUCAGCCUUCACCAGCUUCACCAGAAAAUUCACUAACGUUC